GUCAGUUGUGUUGUGAAGGAUUUACAAUGAAGUUGAUUUUGUGUGUUCUAGCCUGUCUAUCUCUUCAAGUGGCUUUCUCCGACGAUGUUGGAAGGGCUUAUGAAUGGAGUGAAAUUAAAUUAGUGGGAGUUAGGCCAAAUGCUUACGAUUCAAGAAAUAUUGUACCAACUGGAGUAGCUUAUGAUGCAGCUAGCAAAAUGCUUUUCUUCGGAAUACCAAGGAUAUAUUCGAGAGUACCAAUUACUUUUGCUCAACUUAGUACCCGUAGUUACAAUUCAGCUGAAAUACCUAACCCUCCACUUGAUAAAUUCAGUGGAAAGAGUAAACAGCCAUUGACAUCAGUCUAUCAACCUGUGAUCGAUGAUUGCCGUAGACUUUGGGUUCUCGAUGUUGGAAUAGUGGAAAUCGAGUCUGAACGAAAGACAUAUCCCAUCAGAAAACCAUCACUUAUCGCCUUUGACCUUACAAAACCAAACUACCCAGAAAUUCACCGUUACGAAUUGACUGGUGAAGCUGGAAAGAAUCCUCUAGGAUACGGAGGAUUUGCUGUUGACGUUGUCAAUCCCAAACGUUGUAGCGACAAAAAUGAAAAAACAUAUAUCUACAUUGCAAACUUUGAUGAAAAUUCCUUAAUUGUGUAUGACAAAAGCAAAGGCCAGGCCUGGAGCUUGAAAGAUGACUCAUUUAAGCCCGAAGGUGUCACUACAUUUACACUUAACGGCAAGGAACAUAAGUUUAAAGCUGGAAUAUUCGGAAUAGCCCUGGGUGACAGGAAUAAAGAAGGAAACCGUCCAGCUUACUAUUUGGCAGGAUCCAGCACAAAGCUAUACAGACUCGAUACUAAGUUACUCAAGAAGAAGGGUUCAAAAUUAGAACCUAAACUUAUAGGAGAUCGUGGUUUUAAAACCGAAGCCAUUGCCUUGGCUUAUGAUCCUGAAACUAAAGUUCUCUUCUUUGCUGAAGCAGACUCUAGACAGGUUUCAUGCUGGAAUAUUAAGCACGAACUUAAGCCUGAGAACGUUGGUGUAAUUUACGCCAAUCCUAACUUCAAUUUUGGCACAGACAUUAUGGUUGACAGUAAAGGAUUCCUUUGGUUCAUGUCAAAUGGUCAGCCACCAAUUGACGAGAAAAUGGAGUAUGAUGUACCUCAAAUUCGUUUGAUGAAGGUGAAAACUAAAAGAGCAAUUAGAGGAGAAAAGUGUCAAGGGUAAUAAGAAAGCUAUGUAUCUGUCUAUCUAAAUAUCCGACGGAAUAUUUGCUUUGAGAUAUCAAUAAAUUGAAAAACGAAAUGAUUUAUUUUGAAA